CGUCAUCAAAACAAGCCUCGGUACGCUCCUGACAAACCUCGUCCUGGAUCACUCGACACACAGAAGGACACAACACUAGCUAACACCGCGUCAGUUCUGAUGGAUCCCACUGCAGCUCAGCCCAGCUUCAGACAGCGUAAGUUACAGCCUAAUAUGCGUCUAAGGAACAACGCCGGAGAUGGGUCAGAUAGUAUGUUUGAGGAUACAAGUGGAGCUGGGCUCGGACCACAGAGCGGCUACAGGAAUCAGCACGCUGGGCCGCAAGCAGAAGGCUUCCCAGGCCAGUCCCUCUUGUCAGACCCCAUGUCUAACCUGGCCAUGGCGUACGGCAGCUCGUUGGCAUCCCAAGGGAGGGAAAUGGUGGAUAAGAAUCUGGACAGGUUCAUCCCAAUUUCUAAGCUGAAAUACUACUUUGCCGUGGACACAUUGUACGUAGGGAAGAAGCUGGGCCUUCUAGUUUUCCCUUACAUGCACAAGAACUGGGAGGUGAGCUACCAGCAGGACACUCCAGUGGCUCCUCGCUUUGACGUGAACGCUCCUGACCUUUACAUUCCUGCCAUGGGCUUCAUCACAUACGUCCUGGUGGCCGGACUGGCCCUCGGCACACAGAACAAGUUUUCCCCGGAGCUGCUGGGAGUUCAGGCCAGCUCAGCGUUUGUGUGGUUGGUCAUGGAGGUGCUGGCAGUCUUGCUGUCCCUCUACCUUGUGACCGUAAACACAGACCUCACAACCAUAGACCUGCUGGCUUUUUCUGGCUACAAAUAUGUUGGGAUGAUCGUAGGUGUAGUAGCAGGCCUGUUGUUUGGGAAGCCAGCGUAUUAUCUCUCUCUACUGUGGUGCUGUGCUGCCAUCUUUGUCUUCAUGAUCCGCACACUGCGUCUGAAGCUGCUAUCCGAGGCGGCGGCAGAGGGUAGGCUGGUGAGAGGAGCCCGGAAUCAGCUGAGGAUGUACCUCACCAUGUCUAUAGCAGCUGCGCAGCCCAUCUUCAUGUACUGGCUCACCUACCACCUCAUCAGAUAAAAGCUGGAACACACACUUGUGCAGGAGAUGAACUUGGCCAACCAAAUGCCACCUCACCCUUUAAAUAGAAGAAGAAGAAAAAACCACAACGCACGGCUCGAAGAAGCUCGACUCGGAUGAGACAGCCAACAGUUCUCUUGAUAUCCAGUCACUUCACACAAAGACUCACCCGGUGUGAGCACGGAGCAGAACUCGUGCUACAAGACGAUUCGUAUGAUGUGAGGCUCUAAUGCCUCUUCUCUCACAGCACAGCCUCAUGUCUUUACUAUUGCAUCUUUAUCUUGUCUUUUUUCAAUGUAACGUCUUUGAAGCAUUUUGUAUCAAGAGCAAGUGGCUUUAAGUUGUUUUUCUACACCUUGUAAUUAUUUGUUAAUGUUUUUUAGGAAUAUUUAAGUACGUAUGUUUGUGUAUAGAAAGAGUAUUACUGCUGAUUGCUCUGGUCUGAAGUCUCACCAGUGACAUUUCUGAGCCGAAAGAAAGAAAAGCACACAAACCUCUCACACACCGUCCAUUUAAAUGUAAACAACAAGCUCAACUCCAGAUGUAAAUCUGAUCGAGGGCCUCCGUUUCCAUCUCUAUACCAAUGUUAGUUUGGAAACCAGAAUUAUCUCAGUGUCACCUUCUGUUUUAUCUGUUUUUGAAUGUGCUUUGAUACAUGUGUAAGCUUUGCUCCCUGAAUAGAAAUAUCAAGAGCCAUAGUGACAUUAAUGUGUACACGUCACAAUGAGAUGAUUUCUUUUGAUAUCCUUAUAAAAAGCAGAGUAAGUAAUUUCAUAUUGGAAGUUAGAUGGAAUAAAGAAAAGGAUGAGAUGAUCUGUGAAAAGUUGUUUUGCUCUGCUUAUAAUACUUGAAACAUUUUAACGUCAGAAAUGAAUUUUUUAUGUGCUGGUGUCAAUAUGAAAUGUCUCUGCUUUAAUUUAUGUAGCCAGUGUUAAAUCAAACAGGGUGGGAUUUACAUUCACUUCAGUUCGGUCAGGAAUCAAAUGAAACAUGAAAAGAAUGGGUAAUGCUAAAAUGAUUCUCCGUAACCUGAGGUGCCAAUAAAAGUAAUUAAAAAUG